AUGCCCUUCACCACAGCAAUGAGUGAGUCAUCGUCCUUUCACUCUGCGAAGCUGGUUUCAUUGGCCCGAUCACUAUCCGAGCUCGGACUCGAUGGCGCCAAUGGAGGGCCUGUCAACCCCCUUGACAAAGACGAACCUCCACCUCCGGACUCUGGCAUCGAACUAGGCCCUGGGCUUUAUUUUGCUGAUGGCAAGAGAAAAGUGGACUAUGUGCUUUGCUACAAAUACAAAAAAAGGCGUGCAUCUAAGCCACGUCUCUCCAUAACAUCCAACGGGAGCUUACCCUUACCGAUACCAAUACCAGGACGAUGGGAGUCAGAAGCAGAGUCUGGGGAGGCAGGUGCACCUGCAGGAGAUGUGGAGGAGUCAAGGCUGUCUGAGGAGGAAAAGGCUUUAAUGAGGGAAGAGUUUGAAGCAGGACUGCUGGAGGCCGGACUACAACUCGAGCGAGACAAAGAGAGGUCAAAUUGCCUAAGUUUUAUUCGGCUGCACAUCCCGUGGCCAACUCUCAGCCGAGAGGCAGAGCUGCAGAAGAUCAAAGUUGCCGUGAAAAAGAAAUGUGAAUUGAGGAAACGAACAGGCAUCGCUGGGAUGUGGGAUUCCAUUAUGACCAAAGUCAACACGCCGUUUCAACCAGACGUCCCCGAAGUUGACACCCACAAAGACUCGCAGACACACGCCCAUUUCAAAACCCUCAAACACCCGUUUAUCAGAGACAAACUCCACCUGUACGACAUCACAUCAACAGAAACCGUAUUUGAUAAUGCAACACGGAGCAGAAUAGUUGCUGAGAUAAUUUCACGUACUACUUGCAGACACUCUUGCCAAACCACUGGCAUCAACUCACUGGUGGCUCGGGGCGUCUACAUCUCUGCCUUUCCUCUGCAUGAUGGUUCCUUCACAAGGAGAGGACGGAAAGAUCAGCGAAAUGACAGACAGCUCCUCCAUGAAGAAUGGGCCAACUAUGGAGUCAUGCAUAAAUACCAGCCUGUGGACCUGAUCAGGAAGUACUUUGGAGAGCAGAUUGGGUUGUAUUUUGCCUGGCUGGGUGUUUAUACUCAGCUCCUCAUCCCUCCCUCUGUACUGGGCAUCAUUGUCUUCCUGUACGGCAUAUUCACUGUGGAUGCCAAUGUGCCAAGUCAGGAGACAUGUGAUGAAAACCUGAACAUCACCAUGUGUCCGCUCUGCGAUGUUGUGUGUGACUACUGGCGUCUGAGUACGGUGUGCUCACUGGCCCGAGCUUCAUACCUGUUUGACAAUGGAGCCACUGUCCUGUUUGCGAUUUUCAUGUCUCUGUGGGCCGCUUGGUUCCUUGAACACUGGAAAAGGCGACAGAUGUGUCUGAAAUACUCCUGGGACCUGACAAGCUUGGAGGAUGAAGAGGAACGAGUCAAGGAGGACAUGAGGCCUGAAUAUGAAGAAGCUCUCCAGGAGAAAAAAGCUAAGAUAAAAGCAAAGUCUAAAAAGAAGAUGACCCGAGCUGGGGACGGUGUCAACGGAGAAACGGACCAGAUGCUGGCCUCCCAGCAAGAGCCAGACUCACUGGACAUUGAGGAUUACCUGUCAGGUUAUCUCAUCAACAUGUCCACUUUACUACUGCUGAUCUUCGUGACCUUCUCGGCAGUGUUUGGGGUGGCAGUUUACCGCAUCUGCAUGUUAAGCGUGUGGUCCGUGAACCCCGAUCCUGAAGCCAAGGACAGCGUGAGGAUGACGGUCACCACCACAGGCAUCGUCCUCAACAUGCUGGUCGUCCUGGUGUUGGAGGAGGUCUACGGAGCGAUCGCUGAGUGGCUGACUGAGCUCGAACUUCCCAAGACGAAGGAAGAGUUUCAAGAGAAGCUCAUCUUCAAGUCUUUCUUUCUCAAAUCCAUGAACGCCUUUGCACCUAUUUUCUAUGUGGCCUUCUUCAAGGGCAGGUUUGCUGGGCGACCUGGCGAUUAUGUUUACGUCUUUGGAGACUAUCGCAUGGAGGAGUGUGCUCCUCCAGGCUGUCUCAUCGAGCUGUGCAUCCAGCUCAGCAUGAUCAUGCUCGGAAAGCAGCUCAUUCAAAACAAUGUGUUUGAGAUUCUCAUACCCAAACUGAAAAAGAUGUACAGAACAAUACAGGAAGAAAAAGGACAGAAAAGAGCAGCAGAAGACGAAGAGAAUGACACGGAGGAGAAGAGACAAAAGCAGCAAUUUGACAAAGACGUCAUCCUUGAACCCUUUGAAGGUGUCAGUUCAGAAUAUAUGGAAAUGAUAAUCCAGUACGGGUUCGUGACUCUGUUCGUGGCCUCCUUCCCACUGGCGCCAGCAUUUGCUCUGCUCAACAACGUCAUUGAGAUUCGCCUCGACGCUUCAAAAUUUGUCACUGAGAUCCGACGGCCCGACGCUGUGAGGUGUAAAGACAUAGGGAUUUGGCACAACAUUCUCUGUGGAAUCAGCAAGUUCUCUGUCAUUACCAAUGCCUUUGUGAUUUCCUUCACGUCAGAGUUUGUUCCACGAAUGGUUUACCAGUACAUGUACAGCGUAAAUGGCACCAUGAAUGGCUUCACAGAGCAUUCACUGUCCUACUUCAACGUCAGCAAUUUCCCACCUGGCACAGCGCCCACCAGCACCCUGAUCACUGGCGUCUCCAUGUGCAGGUAUAAGGACUACAGAGACCCACCGUGGGAAGCUGAUGCCUACACCUUCUCGAAACAGUACUGGUCUGUCCUGGCUGCAAAACUGGCCUUUGUCAUAUUCUUUCAGAACCUUGCCAUGUUCCUUAGCAUGCUGGUUGCCUGGAUGGUCCCAGAUGUACCACGCUCCCUGCGGGAACAGCUGAAGAAAGAGAAAUUGAUGUUGAUGGAGUUUCUGCUGAAUCAAGACCAAGAAGCAUGUGCCAAAUCUCACACCCCAAGACACUCUCUUUUCCCCACCACCAUAGACAUUGUGGUGGAGGCGCCGCCAGAAGAAAGAGAGGAGCUCCGAGUCAAGGAGGAGGUAGAAGUGGGGGUUGAGAUCAACAUAGAGGAGCCCAGAAGGAGCAGGGACAGCGAUCCAGAGAUUGGGAAGACAUUUGAAGAAGUUGAAGAAGACAGACAAGAAGAGCGAGGAGGUGAAGGAGAAGAUGAGGGCGGAGAGGCUGAAGGGACGGAAAUGGAAAAAGAUGGAGAAGUAAAGGAAGAAGAUGCAAAGGGAGGUGAUGAGCAAGAGGGAGGAGAGGAAAAAGAGCAAGAGGAACAGAAGAAAGAAGAAGAAAAACAAGAGGAUGAAGCAGUGACAGCUAAAAACGAGAAUUUUACUGUAGAUCUGGACGCCUUCAUGAGUGAGUUGGGCCUGUUAGAUGAGGAAGCGUCGUCGAGCACAGCCAGAGACACUGAGCUUCCUCGCUCCGGCUCCAAGCAAGAAUGCCAGACAGAGAAGGAGCCUGUGUCACUUCCAUCAUCUAAAAGAGGCUCAUCCCAGAGUCUGAAGGGCUCCAGGGCAGAAAUUACAGCAUCAGACUCCGCGACUAGAAUCUUCUCACUCAUUGCCCCUCCCCCCAAGGAGCCAGGCUCAAGGGCAAAGUCCCGCUGCUCCACCCUGCCUUCCCGCCACAGAGGGGCUGAGGCUGGCUAUAGCCUGCCGCGGCCCAGCCACUCCACGAGCCUCACAAAGUUCCAGCAGCUGGCCACGUUCACACCCGCGGUUCCCCUGGGCUCUUCAUCCAACCCAUUCUCCCCGGCACACAGCCCGGCACCAUCAUCGUCAUCAUCACAGGCCACGCUGGCCCAACAGCCCAAAUCCCCAACUGAACUAUUUGCGCUGAAAGGCCCUCCGCCUCAACAGCCACGCUCCAGGGGCAAGGCCCGGUGCUCCACCCUGCCUCCCCGACAAAGAGCACCGGGUCCCGAGGAGCACUCCACAAAGCCUAGCCAUUCUACCAGCUUUACAAAGCUCGGAGACCGCAUCCCCCCUUCUCCCAGUGAACUGAAGCGCAACACACCAGUAUGA